AGUUUAAGAUACUUCAUCUUAUGUGCAUUUAGGACACAACCAAACAUGAACGAGUGUAUCAACUCCAGAGGUAUUUUGACCAGCAAACGAGUUCAAUGUUCUGGACCACCUGAGCCCCUUUUUGUUCGCUUCCACGUGACUAGCACCACACAAUCAGACAAUCUCGUAUCCUUGCCGCUAAUCUCCGCCAUUGACGGCUCCUUGUCGGUACUUGGUGGAGACAAGCUUUUUUUCAAGCUUCAAGAAACAACGGACGAUUUUUCUCCUCGAACUCUCUGGACUUGGACCAUACUAAGCAUCGGAAUCCGAGACAAUUGUGGCUUGGCUUCUAUCAUCGUUCGUUGUUGCUUUUUGGUAGUUUUAUAUCAAGAUCAAAAGUCGCACGUCGGAAAGAUUUGAUACUCGAAUCACGACGGUGACAUAUAUCAGGAAACUUUGAAUGUCACCAGGAGAUGAGGCAGGGAAUCAAUUAAACGUGAACCAAACAAGGAUGACGGAGUCACCGCAUUAUUCUUAAAAUAGUGUUUUGGAAUCCACUGCAAUGUGGCUGACGCGCAAGGUCUAUUAAAAGGAAGAAACCAAAGAAGACUUACCGUGGGCCGAAUGUCAAAAACAGAACAGUGGACCAGGAGUUUUGUUAUUAUGAAACUAGAGGUAAGCAAGUGUGGUAGGAAGUAUGUCUCUCCUCACUUUUGAAGUUCCGGAGAGUAUCCUUCGUUUCUUUUCAACUUGAUGGUAAGAUUGUACGCUUUUCUUCUUAUACAUCAGCGAUCCGGCAGAUUUUAUCUUAUACUCUCGUUUGGCCGAAUCGUUUGCAAAUCUGGAAUUGAUCUGAUCCCCCCGUUUUGCUAUUGCGAUUGGCGAAGAAGUGUUACCUACGGUAUCUAUACUCUAGUUUGAAUCACGGACGAGGAGCAAGAUGAGGGUCAGUGGAGGAAAAGUCUUGGCAUAUACUGCUGCUAUUUGCUCAACAUGUAGUUUGGUUAGUGCGAUUACCCUUGAUUUGAGCUCUGAUGAAAGCAUCAAAACCGCCGCAUCCGAUGUCGCCUACGAUAUGAUGAAAUACUAUACAGGAAAUAAUACCGGAGAUGUCGCUGGUAACUUACCUGACCCCUAUUAUUGGUGGGAGGCAGGAGCUAUGUUUGGUAUAAUGGUCGACUAUUGGUAUUAUACUGGGGAUACUACCUACAACGCCGAAGUAAAAGAAGCUCUCCUACAUCAAGCUGGCAGCGAUUACGAUUUCAUGCCUACCAAUCAGACAAAGACAGAAGGAAAUGAUGAUCAAGGAUUUUGGGGAAUGGCUGCUAUGACAGCUGCAGAGGCUAAUUUUGACAAUCCGGAUAGUGGAACACCUGGCUGGUUAGCAAUGGCGCAAGCAGUUUUCAACGAUAUGGCAGCUAGAUGGGAUGAAUCAACUUGUGGAGGUGGUUUGAGAUGGCAAAUAUUUACAUUUAAUUCCGGAUACAACUAUAAGAAUAGUAUUGCGAACGGGUGUUUCUUCAAUUUAGGAGCUAGGUUGGCAAGGUAUACUGGAAAUUCAUCAUAUGCCGAUUGGGCCGAAAAGAUCUUCACGUGGGAACAAUCUGUUGGAUUGAUCGGUGAUGGUUGGGAGGUAUAUGAUGGUACAUCCGAUACAACAAACUGCAGCUCUCUCGAUCAUAUACAAUGGACAUACAACGCUGGUAUCUAUCUUUUCGGAGCUGCCAUGAUGUAUAAUUACACCAACGGAUCAUCCGUUUGGGAAAAUCGAACAGCAGGACUUUUGAAUGCUAGUAGUGUAUUCUUUAAAGAUAAUGUUAUGUAUGAAGCAGCAUGUGAAACUACCACAGUCGGUUGCGACACCGAUGAACAAUCAUUCAAAGCUUAUCUUUCUCGUUGGAUGGCGGGAACCACCAAAAUCGCUCCAUUUACCGAACCAACAAUCAUGACUUACAUUAACGCAUCUGCUCAAGCGGCAGCAGAACAAUGCGCUGGAGGAGCUAGCGGAAGAGCAUGUGGAGAACAUUGGACUGCAGGAAGUACUUACGAUGGAAAAUAUGGAGUCGGAGAACAAAUGAGCGCUUUGAGUAUUAUUCAAGCAACACUUAUUGGGCAAGCAGCCGAUCUCGUUACAAACAAUACGGGCGGAACAAGUGCAGGAAAUGCAGCAGGUGGAAGUGGAAGUAGUUCCGAGAGUGAUGGGACAGUCGAAACACCAGUCACCAGUAGAGAUAGAGCCGGAGCAGGAAUCUUAACGGCGCUUAUAAUAACCGGUGUUAUCGGAGGUGUGGGAUUUAUGGUUCUGGGUUGAGAUGAGGAGGGCGAAUGGGGCAUUGAGAGGGAAAGAUGGUUGUAUGUUUAUAGGGAAUAAGUUGGGCGUUUGGUGUUCAAAUCAUGUGUGCACACACAUUUUUGGCGUAUAUCAUCAGCUUUGUACACUAGGGGGAGUAUAUUAUCUUACCGUCUGGAUUUCGAUACCGGGGUAUCCAUUUAUCAGCUUUUAGUAUUUAAGGUUACCCGAUACAAUUUGUACAUUUACAUUUAUCUAAAUCAAACAGAAUAAGUCAAGGACUAUAGAAUUAAAAACCUUUGAAUGUCUAAU